AAUUCGGGUCUCGGAAGUGAGAGACAAUGCAACGGUUUUGGCCAUGGUUCUUAGAGGCACUUGUGUGACGUGCAUGUCCCUGCUUGCGUGACAGCUACCAUGGACAUGGAUACCCUCGGGCAAUAUGGGGGUGGGGAUUGCACUUUGAUGGACAUCUACAACUCUGCAAGUCAAGAUAAAAGGGGACUGCAGAAGGCGGUACCCCAGAGAGAGAGAGACGCACCAGAAGGACUCGAUCGCUCAAAGCUCCCAUGAUAGCUGGAAGCCGGUCAAAAGCCACGCGCGCUCCUAACUCCUUUGCCUGGGGAGCGGGUGGCUGAUAAUACCGAGAAGGACUUCGGACUAACAACGGGGAAACAACGCUCCCCUGAUUUAACGGAGUGGCUUCAUAAAGACCCGGGCAAGUUUUUUUCCGUUUUUCACCGAUCCCUCUAAAACACGAGAAACCCAACGAUUCCCCGAAAGGCUAAAGUCUGCAGAUUUCUGAGUGACUUUUAUAUUUCCAACGGACAAUAUAUUAUCCCCUAAACAGUCGAAAUUAUUUCUUAAUGAUGAUUAUUGCUAUACCCGCGCUUUAGGUUGAGUUUUAGCCGACGUAUAUGUUCUGAAUGUUUGUAUUAACCUUACUUUUGUGCUCCCCUUUAUGAAUAAAAACAUUUGAAAAUAGUGCCAUCAGACACCAACGGACCUCUCUAUCUUUGCUGCUAAAGCUCUUAUUGUGUAAGCAGAUUGCUAUCAUAUCUGGACCUACAUUGCUACUGCAUUGUUGAAAAUGGCCAGGAUUUUCAUUGUGUGGAGGUUUUGAUUUUUAGAUUUGUAGACUGCAAAGGAGUAAGGAGAGUUUUAGAAAGAGGGAGAACCGCAAUCCUUUUACCAGUUUUGACAACUUGUGUUUGUGUCGGAGAAAAAUACUGAGAAAUAAUGAAUUUACAGAAACUGUGGAACGAGGACCAACUAAAAUUAUUCAAAAUAUUGUGUGUGGUGCUGAUUGUCUGCUUAAUUGUUGUAUCUCUUGGACUUGGACUGGGAUUGGGUCUGAAACAUCAGUCAGCUCCUACUGAAGAGAAGGGGGAGCCAUCCUGGCUGGAAGAUCAGUGUGAAGAAAUCAAAACUCCUGAAUGUCCUACAGGAUUUUCCCGUCCACCUUUGAUUCUAAUUUCAUUAGAUGGAUUCAGAGCUGGGUAUCUAAAAUCAUGGGACAACUUCCUCCCAGUUAUUGGGAAACUCAGGACCUGUGGAACGCACUCUAAGUAUAUGAGAGCCAUGUACCCAACUAAAACCUUUCCCAAUCACUACACAAUUGUCACCGGACUGUAUGCAGAAACCCAUGGCAUAGUUGACAACAACAUGUAUGAUUACGUAUUUAAGAAGUCCUUUUCUCUGUCUGGUGAUGAAAAGAACAAUCCAAAAUGGUGGGGAGGGCAGCCAAUAUGGCUGACAGCCAUGUAUCAGAAUCUGAAAGCAGGCACGUUCUUCUGGCCUGGAUCGGAUGUUAAAAUAAAUGGGACUUACCCAAACAAAUAUCAAAAGUUUAAUUCAUCUAUUCCAUUUGAAGAAAGAGUACGCACUAUUUUGAAAUGGUUAAGUUUACCUGAGUCUGAAAGGCCAGAGUUUUACACCCUUUACUUUGAUGAACCAGACCAUGCAGGACAUAAGUCUGGCCCUGACAGUGGUGCAGUGGUUGAAGCUUUGCAGUUGGUUGAUCGGAUUGUAGGAAUGUUGAUGGAUGGGCUCAAAAAGAGGAACUUGCAUAAAUGUGUUAACCUCAUCAUUGUAGCUGAUCACGGUAUGGAAAAUACUUACUGUGAUCAAACUGAGUAUAUGACGAACUACUUUGACAGUGUAAAGAAUUUAUAUGUUUAUAAUGGUCCGGCUGCUCGCAUCCGAGCCAAAAAUGUCCCAGCGGAUUAUUUGAAAUUUGAUGCAGAAGGAACUGUUAAGAACCUUUCUUGCAGAUACUCCAAACAGCAUUUUAUACCUUAUAUGGCAUAUGAGCUGCCAAAACGUUUCCACUAUGCCAACAACAGAAGGAUAAAUAAGGAGGUCCAUUUGUACUUGGAUAAACAAUGGCAGGCUGCACGAGACAAGUCUUAUAAUUUCUGUGGUGGUGGAAAUCAUGGCUAUGAUAAUGAAUAUAAAAGCAUGCAUGCUAUUUUCAUAGGUAACGGGCCUGGCUUCAAAUUCAAGACAGAAGUUGGUCCAUUUGACAACAUUGAACUUUACAACCUGAUGUGUGAUAUGUUGCAGAUUACACCUUCGCCUAAUAAUGGAACUCAUGGGAGCUUAAAUCAUCUGCUGAAGAAUCCUCCCAAGAGUCCUACUCUUCCUGCUGAAGUGUCUGCUUUAUCUUCCUGUCCCUUCUUGACACUAAAUCUAAGUGACCACUUGGGAUGUUCAUGUGAAAAUUCAACACUCAAUAUUAAGGAAAUGAAUAAAAACAUCAACCUAACGGCUGAACAAGUUAAAACAGCGGAAGCAGUAAGCAUGCCAUACGGAAGACCAAGAGUUUUACAGAGGAACAGCAAAUAUUGCCUCUUGACACAUAACUCUUACACAAAUGGAUAUAGUUCUGACAUUUUAAUGCCUUUAUGGAGUGCAUAUAAUGUUAACAAAUCGCAGGGACCGUCUGUUCUACCUCCUGUCAUUCCCAACUGCCUAAGGGGUGAUCCUCGAAUCUCUGCAAUUACGAGCCAGCGGUGUUCAUAUUAUAAUACAGCUUCAAGCAUCGGCUACGAGUUUCUUUAUCCUCCCAAUAUGGUAACAGGAAAUCAACAAUAUGAUGCGUUAAUUACCAGCAAUCUUGUGCCUAUGUAUCAGGCUUUUAAACAGAUAUGGCAAUACCUCCAUGAUACUAUGUUGCUGAAGGAGGCUGCAGCGAGGAAUGGUGUCAAUGUGAUGAGUGGGCCAGUGUUUGAUUAUAAUUACGAUGGACACUUUGAUACACCAAAGGAAAUUAAAAUGCAUGUAAAUGGCACAAACGUCCCUAUUCCAACUCACUUUUAUGUAAUCCUUACCAACUGCAACAACACUGCACAGACCCCCCUGUCUUGUGUUGGCCCUUUGAGUGUAAGAUCAUUCAUUCUCCCACAUCGGCGAGAUAACAGUGAGAGCUGCCCGGAGGGAAAACGUUAUCCUCAGUGGAUUGAAGAGCGCAUCUGGGCUCACACAGCACGAGUACGGGAUGUGGAGCUAAUCACCGGACUCGAUUUUUAUCAAGACAGGAAGCAGCCAGUCAUAGAGAUUUUACAGCUUAAAACAUACCUGCCUGAAUUUAUACCUCAUGUUUAAUUAAUGAUUCCAACAAUACUUCGCUUAUUUAGAACUGAUAUAUGUAUAUUGCCUCUUCUGGCAGAUAUUCAAAUUGGAUUGAUUAUUGUGAUACAUAUGUAAAGGGGAUUUCUUCUUUUUUCUUUGUUACUGUAUAUGUAAUCAAAGGGGCUUCUUUGUUUUGCUAACAAGCAGGAAUGCUCCUUUGAGUGCUGGAAGCUUGUUUGGGUUAAAAUUUACUGAUAACGAGAAUGGUAUUCCUUUGUAAACCAAAUGGAGAUUAAUGUUCUUUCUUCUGAGUCUGUAAGCUUUUGUUGACGGGGCUUUUGGGCAGAUCGGCGCAAGAGGAUCGAGAGAGAGCACGCAAUGCUGUAAGCUGGGCGAGAAUCAGACCCCAAGCGGGGGUCCGAGGCCAGGAGGUACUCCGAGGAGGGGGGAUGAAGCUAGAUGUGCUUGGUUGACCACUCGGAGGGUCCUGAGCUGCGAGUCGAGGAGUUCGGAGAGGAUCGAAUGGUGGCCAGAAGACUUCAGUAAUUGAGCUCCAACGGUUGUGCACAAAGUGGUUUGGACUUUGAUUAAGUUUGGCGUCUUUUCUUUAUUUUUUCUCUUCAUAUAUACUGUAUCAUUAUUAAUCACUUAGUUAUAGUAACCUUUAUAAAUUGUACUCAUUUAAUCA